AUUGUCGUAGAAUCGCAUCUCAUCGAGGGAACAGCUUUUUUAAAAGUUUCAUUAACAAAACAACAACAAAAAAUCUUUAGGGUCGAUGUUGAUCAAGUCAACAUUGAAAGUAUUAAGGAACUUCUAAUUGGUAAAGAUAUAAGAUGUUAUAGGGAACAUUUCAAUCUUAGUGCGGAUUUUGAGCCUCGAUGGUUCACCAUCACUUAUGUUGAUUCUGGAAGACAUAAAAUUCUUCACUUAAUCGCACCGACUUUAGAAUUAUUUAAUAUAUGGGUCAAUAAUUUGAAAAAACUAUAUUUGCAUAGAAUGGAUGUGAUCGGAGGGUUAGGUCAUUUGAGAAAACGGGAAUUUUUAUUGCUGGAGCAACAGUGGAAGCAGGUUGACAAAGAUGGCGAUUCAAGAUUAGGUUUCGAUGAUAUUGCAAAUUUAUGUAAUAAUUUGAAUAUAUACAUGACAAAAGCGGUGCUUAAGACCGAAUUUAAUCGAUUUAAUAAAUUAAUUAAAAAGAGGGCUGAACUGGAUGAACUAUUUAAUUCUCUUGCGAAAGAGCGUAGGAAUACUUUGACACUUCGUGAAUUCAAAGAUUUCCUCGUCAAUUAUUCCUUGAAAGAAGAUGAAUAUGAUAAAUUGUAUUCUAAAUUUUGCGAUAAAAAUCAUAAGGAGAUGAAUUUAGAGGGUUUUAGUUAUUUCCUCAUGUCUAGCGACAAUGCCGUUUUUGCUUCAGAACGCAUCAAAGUUUAUCAAGACAUGAAACAACCAUUAAGCCAUUAUUUCAUUGAUUCUUCGCACAAUACGUACGUCAGAAUAUGUUUAAAAGUCACUCCAUAUCCGUUAAUAAUAUCACUUGAAAAUCAUUGUAGUAUUGAUCAACAAAAUCAAAUGGCAUCUAUUUUAUGUGACACUCUGGGUGAUUCUCUUGUCACUGGGGUCGCGUACGAAAACGCAAAAGAAUUACAGAGCCCAACAAGUUUGUUAUAUAAAAUACUAUUAAAAGGAAACAAACUUCCUAGUAGUUCAUCAGAAGGCUAUGUCGAAGUGGCCGAUCCAAAUGCUGAAUCAUCUAAAGGUGCGUCUUUUAAGGAUACUACUAAAUUGAAAAUGUCAAAAACCCUUUCAGACUUGAUAGCCUACUCUAUUGUUAAGUUUGAUGGAUUUGAUUAUGAGCAUUCGAAGUACUACCACGUGUAUAACUUUAGUAAUCAAACUUCUUCAAAGUACAUAAAAUCUGACAAGGCAGCUUUUACUCGGCAAAAUACACUCCAAUUAACACGUAUAUAUCCGUCGGGUCUUCGGAUUGACUCGUCAAAUUAUCAACCACAUCAUCAAUGGAUUGUUGGAAAUCAAUUGGUUUCUCUAAAUUGGCAGUCUUUUGACCUAGGAAUGCAAAUCGAUCAUGCCAUGUUUGCUGUUAAUGGUAGUUGUGGUUAUGUACUCAAGCCAGAGAGACUACGCAAUCCCAAAAUUAUUUCUUCGGCUAUGAAUACACAGUCCACAACUCAAACUUUAACAAUCGAAAUAAUUUCAGGACAACAGCUCCCUAAACCAAAAGGUGACUUCAUAAACGAAGUAAUUGAUCCAUUUGUUGAAGUAGAAUUGCACAUCCCCGGUGCUGAUGCUAUAAAAAAUAAGACCAAAACCAUUUCUGAUAACGGCUUUAACCCUACGUGGAAAGAAACUUUAAAAUUUACAUUUAAUUGUGAAGAAUUGAGUUUGGUAUUUUUACGAUUCGUUGUUUGGGAUCAAGAUCUUAGUAGUAGUAGUUUCGUCGGAUCUUAUUGCAUUCCCGUAACCAGUUUACAAUUUG